UGAAGUUAUUUUUAUUGUUACUGUUUAUUAUUAUUUAUAGGUGCUGUGCUGUUGGCCGUGGGUGUCGGCUGCUGGUGAGUCCGAGCUGAUCGGGUUGAACCUGCGGCUCUAAUCUGCUGUUGUUGUUUUGGGCGGAUUGUCCCUUUAAUGAUGGGGUCGGGGAUAAUCUGCAGAUGAGCCGCCGCCUCUCACUGUGACCCAGUUUGUGAUCUGCACUGGAACUGAAACUGACUCCAGAUCAGAGCCGAGCCUGGAAACAUCUGUAGGAUUAACCAGAUGCAGAUCAGAGACGAGGACUUCAGAGCAGCUGCAGACUCGUGAGGACGUGGCGUCUGCGGUUCUUGGCAUGAGUUCAGAGUCGAUGAGGAUGUCGGGACAGUCUGAUGCGCGUUUCAUCACAGUUUUGGUCGAUGCUAACAGUCCAAGCACGAGCUGCAGUUCAUGCGACGGCCACAGGAGGGCACUAAUUAAAGCUCCUGUAAUGGAGCACAGUAAAGACAGUCGGUCGUGUUGGUUCGGUGAGCAGGGACGGAGAAAGAGUCUGCGUUUUAUCAUCAUUCUGAUUAAAGUUUGUUUCCCUACAUUUGAGUCGUUUGGUUUCUCGGUCGAUGACACGCUCGCUGUGAGCUGAUGGCGCUCACCUCCAUCCAUAAAUCACCAGCAGUUUCUUCAUUUUUUGAAGCUCUCAGGUAUUUGUCAGUACUUUAGAGAUCACCUUCCUCCUCUCUUCCCCGCUUGUGUCCACAGGCUGAGGUCCGUUACCUUCGCCAGUGUCUGUGUGACACGUUUCACCCUCGUGGAUUAUCUCUGUGAACACGCCAUAAUCUACAUCAUGCUGUGGAUUGUCCCGUUAAUGAUGGGGUCGGGCCUGCAGGAACCAGGCCCAGCUUCAGCUUCAGGUCUCGGUCUGUUCAGCCCAAAAGGAGGAGACUGUCCUUGCGUGUCGGAGGCAGCGGAGCCUCUGCUGGACACCAGAGGAACUGCAGGUUCGAGCGUUACUGCCCACCCUGUGACGUCAGCGCUUUCAGCAGCUGUCACUCUCGGCCACUCCCGCUGUCCGCCGGAGGGGGGCGCUGCCGAGCUGCCGAUAAGCCGCUGAGCCAGCGGGGAGACGGGGGGGAGGAGGAGGAGGAGUAACCGGACACCCAAGCACGGAGCGGCUGCUGGCCGGUCAUAGUGCAGCGGAGCCCGGCGGCAACCACAGCAGCGGGUCGCUGUGCGCAGUGAGACCGAGCAGCAGAGCCGAGGAGCGGCGGUUUGACUGCUUUAACGGCGCUCCGAGCCUCCAUCGAGCGGAUAACGGAGUUCCCGUGAAAGUGGGAGAAGUGUCGCGAUCAGCCGCCGGACACCGGCAGCAUGAAGAGGAGCAGCUCCGGGAAACGGGGCGCGUCUGAGUCGGCGCCACAGAACGCGCCGCCUGAUAAGGUGGGCUGGAUCAGGAAGUUCUGCGGCAAAGGGAUCUUCAGAGAGAUCUGGAAGAACCGCUUUGUGGUUCUGAGAGGAGACCAGCUGUUCAUCUGUGAGAAGGAGGUGAAGGAGCUGGGUCGAGCUGAUGAGGUGUUGGACCUGUCGGACUACGAGCGCUGCGAGGAACUCCGGAAGAACAAGAGCCGCAGCAAGAAGAACCACAGCAAGUUCAGACUGCAGCGCUGCAGCUCGCCAGGAAACACGGUUCCCAACCUCGUCUUCCUCGCCGUCAGUCCAGAGGAGAAAGAAUCCUGGAUCAAUGUCCUGAAUGCCGCCAUCACCAGAGCCAAGAACAGCGUUCUGGACGAGGUGACGGUCGAAGACUCGCAGCUGUCUCAUCUGACUCGAGAUCGAGUGAAGAUCCCUCACAACCGCCGACUGCCAACCAGAGGUCACCUGCUGGCUGUGGCCUCCACCUCCUCCUCGGAUGGGAUGCUGACUCUGGACCUGAUCCAGGAAGAGGAUGCUGCAAACGCUCAAGGAGCCGGCUUGGAAAAUUCUGCAUCCCACCUCAGUCCGGACUGUGCCAGGUCCAAAACAGAUGGCUCGGUCUCAGCUCGGACCGCCGAGGCUGCUGGGAAAUCUCAUAGCCUUCCCCGUGAGGUGACGGUGGUGUCGGAGACCCCCCAGCCAGAAAAACACCUCACGACGGCAGAGAAAAACCGCUGCGCCUCCAUGGAUGAGAUCCUGAGCCACUCCGAGAUUAGAGCCGAUAAGAGUAAAACGGCAGCGGGGAGUCGUUCAUCUGCCUCCGCACCAACCACCGCGAUGGCGCCCGUCAAUCAGCUGCAGGAGCUCAUCAGCCAGAAGUUAGAGAAGACAGAGCGGCUGCUCAAGGAAGUGCGGGGCGACGCCGAGGGUGAGCGGGGAAAGGUGAAGUGGGGGAAGGAGUCGACCGAGGCAGAAAGACUCCUGAAGGAGGCGAAGGCGGCCUGGAGCCAGGCGCAGGAGGUUCUGGAGGAGGUGAAGGAGCUCAGGGCGUUGUACCGACAACUGGACUCCACCUCCCCUAUCACCUCUUCUAAAAGCUCCAGACUAAACCCAGACCGCAAGAGCCUGAUGUGAGCCGGCCGGUACGACUCAGCCCGGCCUGGGUGAACGGUUCUGUCCGAUGGACUUCAGAUGAAGAUGGACGAACCACUUUGAAACUCUUUAAAUUCAGGUUUUAGCUGCUUCCAGGACUCGAUACCGCAGUACACGAGGCAUAGAUCCCUCACAGACUAACCUACAGGUCCCCUCAAACCUCCAAAACUUAACAGGAAGUGUUCCUCAGAAGGUUCCUGAUUCUGGUUGGUCAGCUCGUCGCUGCCUUCGAUUAACCUGAGUAGUUUCUCAGUUCAGGUUCCUUUAAAGGAAACUUACCUGACGUCAGCAUCAGAGAGACCGGAAAUGUGCCAAGACAAGUGUUUGGAGACGAGGAAACUGUGGAUCCCGAUCUCAUUCUGGUCCACGGCCUUACCUGUGGAUCCUUUAUGCUCUGCUUCCACGGACAAACCUUCAGUUUGGGACUUAAAAACUGAAAAUCAAUCAGUCAACGGUAUGAAUGCAGGGUGUUUACUGUGGAGGUCAGAGUUGGAGGAGGACUCUGAGAGUGACGGUACGAACUUGUCUUCCUGCUGAUGAUUGAUUUCCUCCCACAGAAGCCGCUCAGCUUCAUGUACCAACUUUUCUGGACUUCCAUCAGAACCAGUUAAUGCCACUAGUUUUGUUCUUUGCUGACUGCAGAGGAAGUCGGAGCGAUGUGGUGGAAAAAAGCAGUUCGUGCAGUUGUUAUGAAGGAAUUUAAAGUCGGUAUGUGAAGUUUUGUUUUUGGGUCCAUUUCAGCCGUCACCCACCUGAGACCAGAACCAGAACCAGGUUCAUCAGAACAGCUUAUUUUCACACGUUGUUAGAAAAGUUCACCCAGAAUAAUCCAACCGGUCAUCGUCUUAGCUACCGUCACAGAAGCCGGCGAGGAUGAACCGAUCUACGCUGCGACCGGCUUCUGCUUCCCGAGUCGUCCUCCUCGGACUCUUCUUCUUCUCUGAAUGUCGCCACCUUCAGUCUUAGCUGGAAACUCAGGUGUAAAAGUUCGUCAGGAACUGGACCAACUGUCCAAUCAGAGCUCCUGAGGUCCGUACUAUGAAGCAGGUUCAACACUCCAAGAUACCUUUAACAGCCAUAGCAUGACCUUGAAUCACGCGAGUGUCUCCAUGGAAACGACCCGUCACACUCAUGGAGAGUUUCUUCGCGGUGCAGACCUGUGAGCGUGCUCAGACGGUUUACCAGAAACUGUUUUUGUUUGGGGUUUUCCGAUUCCACGAUAACAAUUAGCGAGUUUCCUCGGAGCAAAAGUUUAUUUUUUUAUCAGAUUUGUAUUGAGCUGGAAGAUGAUCGAAGUUCAAUGGGAGCAAUAAAUAACAAACAGGUAGUUUUAUUUUUGUGUCUCACAUUCAGCACAUCCGUCAGAGGUGGGUGUGAGAAUCAGUUUCUGAUUGAUUGUGAUUGAUUUUAUUGAUCUGUAUGUCCCUGUUUCCUCUGAUCUUCCUGUGUUUUUUUGAUCAUUUUAUACUUGCACUUCUCCUCGCCAGCUGCUGUAGCCUUAAACCCAGAGGGGAUGAUGGGAGAUGUAGUCCUGAAGGGAUGUGAAGCAGGUGGUGAUGCUGUGAGUCCUGAUCAGUUCAUGUGCUAAAAUAAAACCUGCAAAUUCAACCUGGA